CACGGCGGGCGCACCCAUCGAGCGCAUCACUCCCAGGUAGCUGUGGGGUUUCGAUACAAGUAGGCUUUUGGUCGGCUCGGUUUCCCGUUUCAUUUGGGAACAACCAUACAAAGAAGAACCAGUGAGUUAAGUUCGAAAAAAUUAGAAUCUUGGCAAUGGAGAGGAGGAUUUAUACAUUGACUCUGCUAUCUCUGGUGUUGUCAGGUGUUGGUGCCAUUAUUGUGAACAUCCCAAACAAUCAAUAUGAGUUUGCCAGGGGGGACAACAUAACAAUACCCUGCACCUUUACUCAAACCAAGCCCACAUUAGUUGUCAUCUCAUGGUCUGUUGAACCUGCAGAAAUUGGUGCUAAAGGGAUCAACAUCGUCACCUAUUAUUCUACUAAUGAAGUCACUGACAUAAAAGAGCUGUAUGAGGGCCGGUUGUCUCUGGAUGUCGAUAUUCCCAAGGGGAAGGCCAACCUAAAAAUCUCCAACAUCCAACUAGCAGACAACAAGUUGUUUGAGUGUCUCGUGCAGAUCCCCGGGGAUGAUGAGGGCACACCAGCCGCCAAUACACGUUUGGUGGUUCUAGUGGCUCCAUCUACUCCCAUCUGCAAGAUCCAGGGUAAGGAAGAGUACGGCAAGAACAUCAACCUGACCUGCCUGUCUGAAGAAGGCUCACCUUCACCCACCUAUUCAUGGAAAAGUCAAGAUGUCAGGAACAUUCCUCGUGUUGCUGACCCCAGAACCACCGACAAGGGAGGCAUACUGUCUCUGUAUAAUAUCUCCAAAGAUACAUCAGGAUACUACAUCUGCACCUCAAGCAACAAAAUCCGCGCUGCUACCUGCAACAUCACCCUUAAAGUCAUGCCACCUUCCAUGAACAUUGGGUCCACUGCAGGAAUCAUUGGUGGAGUGGUUGCCCUGUUGAUCGCACUAAUCAUCGUCAUCUAUUGCUGUUGCUGCAGGAAGAAGAAGGAGGAGGAGGAAUACGCAAUGGGAGUUCGUGAGGAAGAGUACAGUGACAAAGGGCCAGCUAGGAAUGGAGAUGGUCGCCGUCCUGAUGGGCACGAGGACCCCCAAGGUUAUGAUGACUCCAGCGUGAGGAGAAGCCCUGUUGAGCGCAAUGACCACCACGAGGAACCGAGUGACCGCGACUACAAUCGCCGCAAGGAUUAUGACGAUGGACGCAGCGAUUAUAACGACCGUCGCAGCGAUUAUAACGACCGCCGUAGCGACUACGAUGAUCGCCGCAGCGACUACACCGACCGCCGCGACAGGCAGAGUGACCGCAAUGAGCGAUACGACGACGACCCCCGCUAUGAUGACCGAAGAGACCGUCGUUCUGAUGUUGAUGACCGUUAUGAUGAGCCCUAUGAUGAUCGUGACAGACCACCGGUGCCAGCCAAUAAGCCAACUAAGAGGUACAAUGACGACUAAAGCAUCCAACCUGUAUCAACCGCCAUCUUCCAACCUCUGUUUAAUCUUCUUUGACUUUACUCCAAUGGCAGCCAGCAAGUUUGCACUCAAGGUGUGACCUGAUACGCUAAAAUGCCACAAUGUACAAUAAUUUAGUGAAAGCAUAAUAUGUCCUUUUUGAGGGUUAAGUUGUUUUUGAGAGGAAGAGCAGGAAACAAAAUGGCGGCAAAGCCCAUCUGAUCCAUUUUAAACAGGGAGUGGGUGGGAGGGUGGGGUAAAGGCAUUAUCUGUAUCUUAGAAAAAUAAAUACAUGUCAUACAAAUAUUAGGAACCUGACAAAGAUUUCGCAGAAAAAGUUUUUCUAAUCAAGAUAUUAGCUUGUAUUUAAUCUUUAAACUCAACACCAUUGUAUUGUUGCAAGGCCUUGUUAUGUGUCUGUUUCUGUGUGGUUUCUGCUGUUGGGUGUAGCUGGUGGAAGUUUUUUUUUAACCUACAUCCACACUCAGAACUUCACUUUUUCUCACACUUCAUUGGAUUAUGUGUUUAUUUUGGUUAAAAACUGUCUAUACCUGUAUAGAAUACUAUAUGCUGAGCCUGUUGAAUGUAUUUGGUGCAUCUCAUUUUUAUAACCAUGCCAUUAGAAACUAGAACUUCCUCUUCUUCUUUCUUUUUUCAAAACAAAGAUUAUAUUAGCAUUAUUUAAUACUGCUCCUCCUAUAAUUGAACAUAUGCAGUGUGAAAUAUCCUUUACUAUGCCACCCUCUUAGAUGUUGUUCUUAUAUUAAAUUGUUUUUAUAGGUUCCAAUUUUAAUUUAAAUGAACAAUUGCAAAUGUACAUACUAACAUUUUAUCUCAACAAUGGUAAUGUUACCCGUUUUAUAUUUGGAUCUGUGUGAACAUUGUGUAAUGCAUUCCAUUCAUGAAUUAUGCUGUUCAAAUUAAACUGAAAUUAAAGAAAAAACAAGCUACUUUUUUCAACUUUAAUAACCUCGAACACUAGAUGGCAACAGUACACCAAACAACGUACUCAUCUCUUGUCACACGGCAUUGAUGUAAAUUGAAAACUAAAAUAAUUUUAGAAGUAGUACCGGUUGGAGUUAUUUAUGUAAUGUAGUGGAUUCAUUAACGUCUUAACUUUUUUCUAUACGGUUUAAAUUACCCUCCCUUCAUCUAUCUAUUGUCUCGAAAGAGCGUCUUUACUGCUUGAAGUUACAGGGAGAGGUGACUAGUACCGGAUACAGGACCAUUUGGACUUCAAAAUGAAAUGAUAAUAUGGAUUGGAAUAAAAUGUAAAGAUGCUAACAAA